AUGUGGAAGGAGCAACAGCAACAGCUAGUGACAAGCAGAGCAAAAGUAGGGACGUGGAGCCUUAACAGAGUGCCAGAGACAGGAAGAUACAGAGGGAGAGAACAAGAGAGAGAGAGAGAGAGAAAGAGAAAAGGAGAAAAAGAACAAGGUCUGCCUGCCUGAGAGUGAGUCAUGGAAAUGAGAAAAUGAACAAGGAUUACACAUUAAAGUAAGAAACCGUGAGAAAAAAGAUCGGGAGGACCCCUCACCCCCACCUUUCUAACCCCCACCCCUUUCCUAGCAGAGGGGCAGAGCAGAACUGGUGAGAGAAACCAAAGUGAGAGAGAGAAAGAGAGAGAGACAGAAAAGAGGAACAUCUGAAGAGGUUGAGAUGUCAUAGACGAAUAUCAGGGCAAUCAUAGAGGUGUGUCUGCCUGGUGAGACAGUCUGUUGUUUAUGAGAGAGAAAGUUAGAGAGGGGGAAUAAGGGUAGCGAGAGAGACAAGGAGAUUAACUACUUGGCUUGAGCAAGAGAAAAGCUGAAAGAAAAAAGCACAAAAGAAAUACAGCGGGAGAGAAAGAGGGAGGGAGGGAGAGAGACAGGCAGAAACGGAGUGGGUCCAGAGAAAUGCCACCACAGGAUUAAACACUUGAGCAAGGAGCCAGGAGGAUCGCAAAAGGAGGAAACCUGAGGUGGACACGAGCAACUGGGCCGGAAAGUCCGUGCAAGGGACGGGGCCGCACGGAGGAGAAAGAGCGAGGGUAGGAGAGAGAGGCUAUGUCCAUGAAGAAGUAGCAGGUGUGUGUGAGUAAGUGUGUGUGUGUGUGAGGAAUGAAGCUUGUUCUUCUCAAGCUGCUCCUCUAUCUCAUGCUCAUUCUGUUCGCCCUCGGAUCCUUCUUUACCCUGCUUUUGUGGAUUGUUUACUCAGACAGUGACACCACUCCUCGUAGCCCUUUCCAAAGCCAGAAGAGUGUGGAUUCAACAGACUGCCUAGGCUGCAGGGACAGCAUUAUUGAUAAAGUGGUGGAACGUUAUUCAAAAAACUGGAAGAAACAAGAAAACAAUUAUAAAAAGUUCAGGUCGUUGCUGAGCAGCAAGUGUCAUGGUGUCACUAAAGCAGUUGUCACGCAAGCCAAUACCCCUGUCAGGUCAAAGGUUGUGUAUGAUGGUGAGAAGAGGAAGCCAUUGCAAGUGACCCCUGCACUGUUCAGUGUCUUUCCAAAGGAGUCACCCUUUGGAAACACAACAUGGGAUUCAUGCUCUGUUGUUGGAAAUGGGGGUAUUCUUGCCAACAGUAGCUGUGGACAGAGAAUCGAAUCUGCCCAGUUUGUUAUCAGAUGUAACCUUCCUCCGUUGGACCACAGCUAUGAAAAGGAUGUGGGGAAUAAAACCAACUUGGUAACAGCCAAUCCCAGCAUUCUCCAUGAAAAGUUUGGUGGGCUCAUGGAGCGCCGGCGGCCAUUCGUUGAGGGCCUCCGCCCCUACGGUGACGCCCUGGUCCUCCUCCCUGCCUUCUCAUAUGGCCACAACACGCCGGUGUCCUUGCGCGCCGUCUACACCCUGGAGGACUUCCGGAGCCCCACGCGACCCGUCUUCCUCAAUCCGGACUACCUGACCGGCCUGGCUCGCUUCUGGCGCUCGCAGGGCCUGCGUACCGUCCGCCUGAGCACGGGCCUCAUCAUGGCCAGCCUGGCCCUGGAGCUGUGCACCAACGUGCACCUGUACGGCUUCUGGCCAUUCAGCCAGCACCCGCACGGUCACCACCGGCACCUCACCAACCACUACUACGAUGACCGGGAGACGAAGAAGAAGAUUCAUGCAAUGCCAGCCGAGUUUGACCACCUGCUGAGGCUCCACGAGCAGGGCGUUCUCAGGGUGCAUCUGGGACAGUGUCCGCCCAGCGAUGGUUCCCUCAAGAUGUGGGGCAACAAUACCUCAGAGACUGCCACCUGGAGUUUCAAGGACGUGCCCAAAUGAAGGCCACUGGUGGGCUAAACCACACCAACCGAGGGGUCUGUGGAGGAAGAGAGCAGGUGUAUACUGAUGUACACUUCUGGAAUGUGAUUUGUCAGUACCCUGCUGGAGGUUCAUGGUCUGCUGUUGGGUCAUGUCAGCUUUAAAGGCUGAUAACUGAGGCUGAACAGGAAGAAUGUCAUGAUUCUACAAGGUUAUGAAGGUGAAAAAAAGUUUUUUAUUUCUAGAAUCUCAUGUCAUGAUAGCAUUUAUUUAAAAUGUUGAGCAUUAGUGUAAAUGAAUAUAGACAGGUAGACAAAAAAUGUGUAAAUUAGUUACCAUUUUGCCUGGAACUCUUAACCACCUCCAAACAGUCCCUAACAUCUAUGAACAGAAAGCCAGUUGACAGCUACUGCUACCACCUGUGGGCCGCCAGCAGUCCACUGGCCUUUUCCUGUACGGGAAUGUAAAAAGAAAAACGACACAGUGCUCUUGAAAUUGGAAGGGGCCGUAUCUUGAGUCUUAUGUUAAGCAUACUGCCAAUAAACCACAGAGAAUGCAAGAGAUUUAGCAGAUCAACGACUUUAUGGGUUUCCAUGGUGUUUCCACAUCAAACUCAUAUCCUGCUCAUCUUCCGGCAUUGAGUAUUUUUUGCAAGAUGAUUGUGAGUGUCCAAGGGAAGGGGUGGAUGGGGAUAUAUAUAACCCCAAUAGCCUAUAAACAGUUAUAGAUGUCAUGGUGAUCUGUAGUCACCACUUUGCUGUUUUUCGCUGUGUUGGCUUGACAUAAAACCACUUCAGCCCUAAGUGCUUCCUGUAAUGUCAAAGGUCGUAGGCUGGAAAUGUUGUCACAGAUGAGUGUAUAACACAGCUGCAGCUAUUUAUACCCUCCUGCCGUAUUCACGGCAAUGUGUUAUUUAAGUGCUUCUUGUUGACUAAGAGAAAGACAAAUAAAAGAAAGACAGUGAGAAUGUUCUACAGUAUGGUGACUGGCUUGCAUGUGAGCCUUUCUGAACCACCAUUCUAAGAAAGUCCUGUUUUUGUAUAUGGUCAGCCUCAGAAAUGUUUGACUGCCUUGCUUUGAACAUCUACUAAGCUGUAAAUAAACUGAUAUAACUUCUGUGGUCUGAUGUACGGAUACUCAUUUGGAAAACACAAAUAGUUUUGUGAUUACUGAGUACAUUUACUUGGCACAAUAGUGAAUGUACUGAUGAGAAAAGACUUUACACUAGAUGGCAGCAGUUUCCUAUGUUUGCAAUACUAUCAGUUAUAAUCACUUACAGUUACAAAACUGUCUUAGCCACAGGUGAUGCGUUGGAAUGUAGUGUAGCUAACCUAUUGAACAGUUUUUAAAUGCAGACCAAUGUGUACCCCAGUUUGUUUUCUCAACCAAGAACUAUUUAGCCUGACGUCGUCAUACUCAAUUCAAA